AAAUCAGCCAGCACCAAAUUGGAAAUCUGUGUCACGCUAAGCUGGAAGAGUCGUUUUUGAAUCUUUGCAACUCCCCACAACUGAAGGAAGGGUUCCAACAUGUUCCAUUCACACAGCAGCAGCAACAACAGCGACAACUAUAACAAUCAUAAUCGCAAUAAUGAUAAUAAUAAUAAUAAUAAUAAUAACCAUCAAUCACUAGUACACAGGGCUUAUGACCGUUCAACAUCACUUUUAGCCUCACGGCUUGAACAGCAUUCGUCACCGUCAUCUUCAACUCGCCAUCGGUCCCGUAGUCCAGGCCGGUCUCGACGUACUUCACCACCCCUUUCACAAACUUCGUCCUUUGUACCAUCACGGUCCAAUAAUCGGCAAUAUUCAAGGCAUGACGACAGUGACCACCACCACAACCACCAGCACCACCAGCACGACCGUCGGGAAAGAACUACACAACCAAAUAUCAAUGUAGUGUUGCGCAGCUUACCAGAUCGAGCGCAAGAACGUGACAUCUAUAAAACAUUGGAAAACAUGACGGCUAGUGUGGAUGAAGUGACUCUGAUCAGAGAUCGGGAUACAGGCGAAUCGAGAAAGUUUGCCUUUGUAAGGUUUACUAGUGUCGGUCAUGCUGUCCAAUUCGUCGAGAAACAUUAUCCCCAUUUCUACAUGGGCCACCAUCGUGUGCGUGUGGACUAUUGCAAUAAGGAAGGCGCUAAAGAAGAUAAAAUUGAAUGGCGAUGCUUGAAGUGCGGCAAGUUCAAUAAUGAUUCUCGUCCCGUGUGUGUCGAAUGCCGUGCACCUUUUGAAGGUUCCAAAGCACAGAAACGGUCCAAGGAAAUUGAAUCCAUGGCCAUCAAUGAUGGCACCAAGGACGUGGCGCAUACAUCAAACAAUAUGAUUCUGUUGCGAAAUCUGGACAACUUGUCGUCCGAAGAAUCUAUCUUUUACGCUGUUCGAUCGCUGCCGAGCCUUCGACGUGUCCUUCUUAUAAAGGAUAAAUUGACUAGAAUGUCCUGCGGAUUUGCAUUUGUGGAGUUUACCAGUGCUCAGGCUGCCAUAGAUGCAAUGACGACAACAUUGGAAAAGGACGGGUUCAAGGUGGAUGGAUGCAGCCCACGCGUGUCAUAUGCAAGUCCAGAUAGCUUCUUGCCUGCAUAUGCAUCAUCCGAGUGGGCAAUAGCUGCCGAUGUAGAGGAUGGCUUGUGGAUUUACCGUGAUGGACAAGCCUAUGCUGCUGAAUGUUCAGUUGAUGUUGAACUAGAGCGCGUCGAGAAAAGAGCCGAAGAAAAACGCAUGGCAGAAGAACGUAAAGCACGGGAAGAAGAGGAGAAGAAAGAGCGUGCAAAACGUUAGUAGUCUCGCUUUGUUGUCGGGGUUCGUGAUGACCAGCAAAAAGGAAGCAGGAAAGAACAGGCAUGGGCAGCAUAUUAUCAUCAGACGACACGAACGAUGCGCAAGCAGAUAUCUUUUCUGUUCCCAAAAGCUUGCAAUAAACUGCUCCUUCAUCCGCUUUUUUUAAACAACUGCAUGUGUUUAUUAUUUCUUUUACUGAGACUAUGGAAG